AUGUUAGCUGAUACUUUAAAAUUUUAAGUUUUAACAAGAAUUUUGUUCUUAUAUAUCAAAUUAUUAUAAAUAGUUCCAAUAAUGUAUGUUCAAACUUCUUCAUAUCAGAUACUUUUGAUGAUUGGAUAAGGAUCAGCACAUUUAGUGGAUAAAGCAAAAAAUAAUCUCGCUUAAAAAGUAUUUGCACAAAAAAUGGAAAAAUACAAAUUUAAGGUCUAAUUGAAAGCAAGAUUAAAAUCCUAAAAGAGUUAAAUAAGAUAGAAGGAAUUCCACAUUUAAUAGAACAUGGAAAGGCUGCAUACAAUAAGUAUGAGUAAUUUAAUCAAUUUAGAGGAUUUCUUAUAAUGCCAUAACUAAAUUGUAUCUUACAGAUUUAGUUAAACCUUAAGAUUUUUCUUUAUCUUGUACAUUGACUAUCGAAUUAAGUAUCAUUAAAAAUUAGAAUAAGCACAUCAAAAAAUCUUACCUCUUAAUGUUAAACCAGAUAAUAUUAUGGUUACAAAAAUAUUAGUAAAAUAUUCAAAAGAAUAAUUACUAAAACCUUCUAACUUAUUGUUUUUAGCUUAUCUCAAACUAUAGAUAAUUCAAAAUUUUACAAAAUGUAUUAGUUGGAUCUUAUAAUUUUGCAAGCAGAGCAUCAUAUUAAGGAGAAUACUUAGGUUAUGAGGAUGAUGUAAAAAGCAUAUUUUAUGUUUUAGUCUACAAGGAAAAAUGGUAUUUAUGAUUAAUAACUUAAGGCAAAUUACCAUUGAGUUAAAAAGCUUCCAUGAAAUCUAAGGAUUUGGAUAUCCGAUAAAUUGGAGACAUGAUGACUUCCCUCUUUAACACGACCCAAAAAUUUCUUUUAGAAUUUUCGAAAUUAAUGUUGUAAAUUGAUGAUCUAAAACAUGUGAAAUGCCAGAACACUUGUAAAUUAAGGAUUAUUUAUUAAAAUGUUAAAAAACCCAAUGAUGGACUGAUUUUUGAUUUAUUCUCCUAACUAAUCUUAUAACCAACUGGAAAACUUGGAAACUAUUCAUAUUCUAGUUGUAAAACUAUAUUUUAAUAACGAUUUUAUUGA